AAACCCAGAUCAACUUUCGUGGUUUAGCGAAGGGUUUUAGUGUACUCGAAGCAGAGGAAAAAGAGAUUAGAAUCGGGGAUGAAACUGAAAUAAUUUUGACAAAGAUUUCGCAGAAAGAGAGAGAAAUGGCGUUGCAACACUCAAUCAAUCUCCAGUAUUGGUUUUCUCCUGUAAAACAGAGUAAAUUGAAGCCCCUUUGUUCAAACUUACUUAAGAUGCCUUCCUGGAAUCCAAUUUCCAUAAGAAAUGGAGUAAAAGCAUAUGGGAUGGUAGAAAAAUUUGGGAAAAGAUUUAUGGGACCAGAAGUAAGUGACACUGAUGACGAUGAUGAUGAGUCCUCAACGAAAAAGGGUCAGGUUGAUGAUUCCCUUCAUUUUGAUGCUGAUGAGCGACGCGAAUGGAGAGCCAAGAUUAGGGAAGUUAUACAUAAGCAUCCCAAAAUCCAGGAGGAGAUUGACCCUGUUGAUAAGUUGAACAAGAUGCAAAAGCUCCUGGCAGAUUAUCCCUUGGUUGUAGAUGAGGAUGAUCCGGAUUGGCCCGAAGAUGCCGAUGGUUGGGGUUUCAACCUGGGUCAAUUCUUUGAUAAGAUCACUGUCAAGAAUAAUAACAAGAAGGACGAUGACGGUUAUGAUAGUGAGAAGGAAAUAGUGUGGCAAGAUGAUGACUAUAUUCGUCCGAUUAAAGAUAUUAAGACUGCUCAAUGGGAAGAGACUGUGUUCAAGGACAUUAGUCCUUUAAUCAUUCUCGUCCAUAACCGCUACAAAAGGCCAAAAGAAAACGAAAAAGUUCGGGAUGAGCUGACAAAAGCUGUGCAUAUCAUUUGGAAUUGCAGGCUGCCUUCACCAAGAUGUGUAGCAGUUGAUGCUGUAGUAGAGGAUGACCUGGUCUCUGCUCUAAACGUGUCAGGCUUUCCGGAAAUAAUAUUCACUAAAGCUGGGAAAAUUUUAUUCCGUGAGCGAGCUAUUCGAACUGCUGAUGAGUUGUCGAAAAUGAUGGCUUUCUUUUAUUAUGGAGCUGCUAAACCAUCUUGCUUAGAUUGCACCGGAUACAGACAGGAGAGGAUCCCAACAGUUGUCAUCGUGAAAUAAACAAUCUUUAUAGCUAUCUGCAGUUGUCGUAAAAGUCUGUAUGAAAUUUUUGUUGUCCAUUCGACCGACUUCAUAUAGUAAAUGGUUGUUCUU